CCUAGGACUGAGUAACCACAUAGAAGUCCACAAUCCCCACAAAUCAAAUCCACGACGAGACCGUCUCAAAUUUCCCGCCAACUCUACACAGUUUAGCAUCCCUUUUCCUUCAACAUUUCCAUUCAAAUUCUCUUCCUUCUUUCUUCAGCCAUUUCAAUCUCCAGUCAAAUCGUUUGAUUAAUUCUUCGUUUAAUUACAUAGACAACAAUCGUCAAAUUUCAGGCCGAAUUGUUUGUUAUCGUUUGUAGUUCUCAUCCUCAAGUUUCGUCUCGUAGGUGAAAUCGAAGAUGUCGAAGGUCACAGUUUGCGCUCGAUUCCGACCUUUAAGUUCCAGCGAGAUCAGAGAUCACGGCAGUUGCGUCAGUAUUCAUCGCAUCGAUGACGAAUCAUUCAAUUUCAAGGAUGAGAAAGACGGAGAUCUAAGUUUCAGCUUCGACAAAGUGUUCUAUGAGGAUUCUGCUCAAGCUAGUGUCUAUGAAGUUUUAGCCUUGCCGAUUGUUCAAGAUGCGGUUAGUGGACUUAAUGGUACAAUCCUCUCUUAUGGCCAGACUGGAGCUGGAAAAACUUUUAGCAUGGAGGGACCUGGCAUCAUCAAGUGUGAUGCUGAAAGGAAAGGUCUGAUCCCAAGAGUUAUAGAAGGACUCUUUGAGAUGAUCAAUGCUUCACAGGGAGAAGCUGUAUAUUCAGUUAAAUUGGCAAUGGUUGAGAUCUAUAUGGAAAAAGUGAGGGACCUGUUUGAUUUAUCCAAGGAUAACAUACAGAUUAAGGAGAGCAAAUCUCAAGGAAUUCUACUGUCUGGAGUUACUGAGAUCCCACUGCUGGAAGCUUCCGAAGCAAUGCAAAUCCUAUCUAAUGGAAUUCUGAAUAGAGCAGUUGGAGAAACUCAGAUGAAUGCUUCUAGUAGCAGAAGCCAUUGUGUCUAUAUAUUCACGGUUCAGCAAGAGUUUUCCGCCGAUAAGAGGACAAAAACGGGUAAACUAAUUCUCGUGGACUUGGCUGGCUCUGAGAAAGUGGGAAAAACUGGAGCGGAAGGGAAACUUCUGGAAGAGGCGAAGACUAUUAACAAGUCCCUUUCUUCCCUGGGAAAUGUUGUAAAUGCAUUAACAUGUACCCCACAGAGCAAGUUGACCCACAUCCCUUAUCGUGAUUCUAAGCUCACUCGAAUACUACAAGAUGCACUGGGAGGUAACUGCAGAAUGGCUUUGCUGUGUUGUUGUUCCCCAAGUCUUUUUAAUGCGUCAGAGACUCUAUCCACCCUUCGCUUUGGUGCAAGGGCGCAACAUAUAAAAGCGACACCAUGUGUUAUCCCAUCUGAAGAUAAAAACAGCAAAACACAAGAAUGUACUGCUCAAAAAGAUGUGGCGUGCGAAAUAAUUUUGGACAAGCUGAAAGACAAAAUGGGAACUGAGGCUGUGGAGAUGCUAAGAGAGCUGCUAAUACUACAUGGGAUUAUGUACCACCCGAGUCCAAUGGAAGACUUGAUGUCGGAAUAUGAAGAUAUCACGUCAAAAGUUAUCUCGUCCCUGCAGGAAAAAGUAGUACAGCUGGAUUACGCAAUGGAGGAGCAGCUGGUGAAGCGGAACCAAGUUCUCAAGGCCAAGCUUGCAGCUGCAGAAAAUAGAAGCUUUUGGAACAAUAUGUCAGAUGCCCUCAGCUUCUUCAGUUUCAGGACAAAUUGACAAUGGACAUAUUUUCACGACCGAAGCCAGUGAAAGCGGAAACAAGAAAAUGGAAUGCUUUGGAACUCAAGAGUCAACUUACAUAUAUAAUAAAUACAUGUUGUCUAAGUCUUUAAUGUUAGAAGCUUUCCGAGCUUAUAUUUGUGUGAAGUGAAAGAAUGCUAAAUCUUGAGGUUUGUUACUCUUAUUGCUAACCGUAGAAGAUAAUUAUAACCAGUUUGCUUCA